AUGGCCCGCGGAAAAGCCAAGGAGGAGGGCGGCUGGAAGAAAUUCAUCUGGAACUCGGAGAAGAAGGAGUUCCUGGGCAGGACCGGCGGCAGCUGGUUUAAGAUCCUUCUGUUCUACUUGAUCUUUUACGGCUGCCUGGCUGGCAUCUUCAUCGGAACCAUCCAGGUGCUGCUGCUCACCAUCAGCGAAUUUAAGCCCACCUACCAGGACCGCGUGGCCCCGCCAGGCCUGACGCAGGUCCCUCAGAUCCAGAAGACGGAGAUCUCCUUCCACCCCAGCAAGGCCGAGAGCUACGAGCCCUACGUGACGAACAUCAUGCGCUUCCUGGAGAAGUACCGGGACGCGGCGCAGAAGGACGACAUGGUCUUCGAGGACUGCGGCAAUGUGCCCAGCGAUUACAAAGACCGAGGCGCCUUCGACAGCGACCCCGGCCAGCGGAAGGUCUGCAGGUUCAAGGUCGAGUGGCUGGGCAACUGCUCUGGGAUCAAUGACGAAUCGUACGGCUACAAGGAGGGCAAGCCCUGUGUCUUCAUCAAGCUCAACCGCAUCCUGGGCUUCAAACCCAAGCCUCCCAAGAACGAGACCUUGGAGGGUCUUCCAAUGCUGAAGUACAACCCCUAUGUCCUGCCCGUCCAGUGCACCGGCAAGCGGGACGAGGACAAGGAUAAGGUUGGGAACGUGGAGUACUUCGGCCUGGGCAACUACCCCGGCUUCCCGCUGCAGUACUACCCUUACUACGGCAAGCUGCUGCAGCCCAAGUACCUGCAGCCGCUGCUGGCCGUGCAGUUCACCAACCUCACCAUGGACACGGAGGUCCGCGUCGAGUGUAAGGCGUACGGGGAGAACAUUGGGUACAGCGAGAAAGACCGCUUUAUGGGACGCUUCGAUGUAAAGAUUGAAGUUAAGAGCUGA